AACAUAGGAGGUUUCAAUUAGCACCCCUUGCUUGCACCUGGUGGACUUACAGAUGACCUGCUGCUGGCUACAGACCUCAGAACACAUUCAGAGUCUCUUUUUUUCCGUGAUACGUCACCAAAUUGUUAAAUGGAGUCAUUAUCAAAAGUGGAUGAGCCAUUUCCUACUCCUCCACCAUAUUUCUUACCAGACCAAAGUCAAACAGGGCCAGAAGUGAGGAUCUACCAUGUUCACUCACCUUUCAGCUCUCCACCACCACCUACUUCCUUCUCCUUUUCUCCUGGAGAUGGCUGCUCCACCCAAGCCCAAUCAUCCCUAACAGUGUCUGCUUUCCCUCCGUCUACUCCCAGGCCGAAGUUCGUGAGCUACGAAACCGAGCUGUAUCGCUCUCCAGCUCUGACAACAUGCCCUUCUUGUCAGACUCAGGUCACCACGCAGGUCGCCUACCGAGUCGGCAUUCACGCGUGGCUCAUGUGUCUUGUGCUUGUGUUUUGCGGGUUGCUGCUUGGAUGCUGCCUGAUUCCACUAUUUGUGAACUAUUUCAAAGAUGCCUAUCACACUUGUCCUCGCUGUCGACGUGUCCUCCAUAUACACAGGAAGACAUGUUGUGAAUGAACACAUGCAAACUUACCUGUCUUAGAGUCCAUCAGAAUUACUUAAAAUACGUAUGUGUCUUUAAAAUGUAUAAUAGGUAAGGGGAAGAUAUGUUAGCUCUUAUGUGGAAGUUGGGGAUUUUAAGUGUAUUUUUAUUGUGUUUUGUAACAAAAUGCUAUCAAAUAAAUCUUUUCUGUGGCAA